GGACAGACUUACCGCUUCGGUAGUUAUCACUUAGUGCGAUCCAGUCAACACAGGAAUUUUCAUAGCUCGGUUUAUGUUACACCAGGGCUUACCUCUAAUCCUAAACGUACAAAAUUAUGUCUUUCCUCAUGAUAGGACAGCAAUCUACGGAGAGCACGAGCGAGGAGGAGGACUCAGAAACUCAGCCGAGCGUUAUGAUUAGCUCUGUUGAUGAGAUUAUGGAGUCGGAAAGACCCGCAUUUUGUUUGAAUGAAGAACAGCGAAAGUUGAAGACGUUUCACGAACGCAAAACAGACCUAGACGCGGCAAUCAAAUGGAUUGUGAAAGAAAUCGUAAGCGCUUGACAAGUUAUUUAAUUCUAAUGUCAUACUCGAAGAUAAUCUGGAUACGUGCUAUAAAGAAAAAUUAUGGCUAAUCGCGGAGAUUAUAAACAAAGGUCUCUCAAUAUAUUAAAUUCAUUUAGCUGUACUUGAGAUUAACGCCCCUUCGGUAUUGGGAUUUACACGUAAUAUCGUAAAAAACAUCUUGGUUACUAAGGCGCAAAUGUUUUUUCUUCCCAUGAUUCAUAUACAUGCAAUUAAGCUUUGAUAACUUUCCUCCCGACUGUAAUUGUUUUCAUUCACAGGAACAAUAUUUUUAUACUGAUGUUAUCUGUCCACAAUAAUAAUAGCCUAAAUUAUUCCCCGCCACCGUGCCCCAAGUAAAUGACCUUUCAAUGAAGACACGUGCGUUUAGGAAUAAACCCUGCAUCAAUCGAUUCUGCUCGAAAAAUUCCUGUGGUGUUUGUGUUACUGAAGUCUAUGAUAACGCGUGUCACUUGGGCGGAGCAGAAAUGUUUCUCUUAGCUCUUGAAAAUAUCAGACAAGCUUCUGUAUUUUCAAGGUUUUGAAAAAUAAAUAUUCGCACAGCAGGAAAUUGAGGAAAUAGAUGAAUUUGAAGUAAGGGGUCACCUUGUUGUCCAUCUUCAAUUUCAGUGGAUAGUAGCUUGGAAGUGUUAUGUACUUGAACGUUAAAAAAUGCUACGCUGCCUGAAAUUCUUGACGAACUGUGAUCUUUUGGCGGUAACGAUUGAAUCGUUGCGGGCGGGGUGAUUGCCCGCUGAGAAAAAAAAAAAAGAUUGAGACAAAUAAACAAAACCCAUGGAGAGAAAGAUAUUCCAUGUAUCUGUUCUAGAAAACACAGCCCGCGAAGAGGAUCAGGAACCGCUUCAGCACGAGUGUGCCUUCGCCCGACGGAAAGUACGAGCCUUAAGCUAUGCGCUGCAAAGAGUAGAACUCUCUCGACUCGUCUCGAGUCCUUCCGCGGGUGGAGAAACGCGCGUCCUGCAGCAUCUGCUUGUAGGCAACAAGAAACAACUUAUAUGCAUUUUUCUCUAAUUUCUGCUCUGAGAAUCUUAGCUCCAUCAACGCUUCUAUCUCUAACAUCUCAUUCGUUUGAGCUAAGAUAUAAAAAAUUUCCCGUAACUUCUAGGAAUACACAUGUUCAAAUUUUAACUGUCAAGAAAGCAAGCAUCCACUUUUCUCUAACUUAAUUUUUCAUCCAACAGAAAUUUCUCAAGCAGCAAGACCAGAACCUUAUGAAGCAGUUUGUACAACUCCGAGGUGUUCUCAACUCAAUCAGGAAUUGCCCGCCUCCAGCGUCUACAAUCGAUCGAAAGAUCAGUCUUCCCGACACCUCUCCGAGUUCACCAAUCAGUCCAUUUUAUCGGAUUCCCGAAAAGUCUUCGGAGACGUAUUACAGAGACGAAGCCUCUCCGGGUCUCCGAAAAAGGGCGGCGUCAGAUAACUCGGGAAGGCCACUUCUGACUUAUUCCAUGUCUUCAUUGUCUUUUGACGAAAGCGACUUCACAAACGAAAACUUUGAGCACUUUGUGAUAUGAAAAAAAAAAAUUAUAGAAGAUGGACUAAGACUUAUGAACAUAGUUUAACGAAUAGCUUUUUCGCGCAAUCGGAUUUAAA